AUGACGAUUACUAAUUCACACAAGCCCGAGAAAGUCGACGUUGUCGUCGUCGGCGCAGGCCUUUCUGGUCUUCGCGCCGCUGUCGAUGUACAUGAAGCUGGUCAUUCUGUUAUCGUUCUCGAAGCCGGCGACAGAGUCGGCGGCAAGACUCUGAGCGUCGAUGCCUCUCACCUGGGAGAGUUUGGAUUUGAUCUGAUCGAGCAGAGAGCCACUGGUUACAAUCUGCAUCAGGAGGUAAAUGGCGGCGUUACCAAGAUAAAACAUGGUACCGGAAUGCCUGUACCUCCAGAUGCAGCUGAUAUUGUUCAGAAACUCCUUGAAAAGCUGAACAAGUGGGUUGACGAGAUUGACCCAGAGAACCCUUCAGCUCAUCCCGAAGCUGAGAUGCUGGACUCUAUGACGUUCAAUCAACUCAGUGUGAAGUUCCUGGGUCCUGAACUUGGUCCUGCUGUUGCUGAUUCGGCUACGAGUCCUCUCUUGGGUGUUGGGCCAGAUGAAGUCAGCGCCUUGUUCAUGGUCGAUUAUAUCCGCAGCGGUACGGGCUUGGAUAAUAUGGCUUCUGACAAGAAGGACGGGGGGCAAUAUCUGCGCAACAGACAAGGCAACCAGACCUUUUCGAUCCGUCUAGCAGCAAAGCUCCCAGAGACGGCUGUGAGACUUCGCAGCCCCGUCAAGACAAUCAAACAAGGCUCUGAUGGUGUCUUGAUCGAAACAGCCAACCCUAAGCAGAACUUCCGAGCCAAGAGAGUCAUUGUCUCAGUUCCCACGUGUCUCUACCCUUCUAUCAAUUUCGAGCCGCCGCUUCCAGAUAGCAAAAAGACACUAGGUGAAAGCACUGCACUAGGCUGUACGUCUAAAGCCAUCUUUGUCUUUGACAAGCCGUGGUGGCGUGACGCUGGUUUCAGCGGCAUCAUAGAAUGCGAGACAGGGCCGAUUCACUUCUCACGAGAUACAUGCUCACCAGAAGAUGGACAGUACAGUAUCACCUGCUUUGUCGUGGGUGACAGAGGCAGAGACUGGUCCAAGUGGUCAUAUACAGAGAAACGAAGAAUCGUGCUCGAGCAGUUCAACGGAGUCUUCAGUGGUGUCGGUGUAAAGGCACCCGAACCUGUCAAUAUCAUCUUGCAGGAGUGGAUCAAGCAGCCCUGGAUUUGGGGUUGUCCGUCACCGGUGAUGAUGCCGGGAACGUUGACGAGUGAUAGUGGGAAAGCAUUGCGUGAGGUGGUUGGGAGACUGCAUUUUCUGAACGCGUCAGACGUGGUCUAUGGAGACUUCAGGUUUAUAUUGGCGGGGCCCUCUUCUCCAAGUUUAGCGGUCAAUGCCUUGGAAUUUGGCAAGGGAGCUCCCGCUGAUCCCCGCCCAGGGCAUGGUCAGCAUUGA